AUGCCACAGAAAACACCAGCAAUUAUCGAAGGCACCAAUUUAAAUUCAAAUUAUGAAACCAAUGAAGACCUAGUUGGAAAUUAUAAGUUAUCAAUUAAUGAGUCAAUAAUUCUCGCACUUCACGAAUGUUCUUACAUUGACUCCAAACAUGAAGUACUAGGAUAUUUAGGGGGAAUAUGUGAUAUUGAAGAAGAUAACAACAUCACUAUAUGUCGCAUAAGCCAAUUUGUGGCUUCCGAAAGGGAAGUCACUGCAUUGAUGACGGGAACUGUACAAGAAAUAACUCAAUCCCGAGAAAGAGCCAUUAAUACCUUUAAACAAUCCGGUGUAGAGUUAUUAGGAUGGUAUCGAAGUAAAUCAUCUACAACUGGAAAACAAAAAAAUGGAAAAAUAUGGAAGGGUAAAGGGAAAAAAAGCAUUAAACCUAAUAAACUUACAUUUGAUAUCAAUCGUCAAAUGUAUAUGUGUUCAAAUGUUAUGAAACAAUUAAGUUGUGCCUUGAAGGUAGCAUAUUCCGGUCAAAUUUUAGAUUGUAAUAAUAGAGUUGGUCAACGAAUAUUUAUAGAUUCUCAGUAUGAAGCUUUUCUUAUGAACUUUUUGAAAAAAAGUGUACUUCAGUUUGAUAGAUCGGUGGAACAAGAUUUUAGAACGUUAGCAGUUUCCAAACAUCAUAUCAAAGGACUUAUAAGUAAACGAAUUAAUGGUAUCUUAACAAUGAAUGAAAAUGCGAAUGAUAAUGAUGAUGAUAUUAAAGAUCAACGACAGAAAGAUUACAGAGGAGAAUCUUCUUCUACAUUUAAUGAUACUACAAUCACAGAUAUACCGAAUAUGACGAAUAUUCUUAAACCAAUAAUAUCACUUCCUUUACCUGAACAACAAUUACCUCAUUUAUCUCAAUCAGCUUACCUCAUAGAACCUUUACUAUUUUCUAAUUCUAAUUCAAAUAAUCAAUAUCCACCACCAAUAACGACGACGAUGAAUAUUGAUAGAAUUAUAUCGGGUGCAAAUGGUUCAAAAGAAUUUAAUGAAGAUUAUGCCCCUAUUAAUAAUACAUCGAAGCAACAACUUAUUAGAAAACUUACUAAUAUAUAUGAUUCUACGAAUUCCGAUGAUUCUUCUCAACAAGUCACCACAUUUUCAACAACAAAUGGAAAAUUAUCAUCACCGAUAUCAAAUAUGUCAACGAAUAUAUCACCAAUAUCAAAUAUUUCAUCAUCAAAUAUAUCGUGCAAUGGAAAUAAAUCUAAUAAUUAUUCACCUGGAUCAUCAUCUUCUGGAAUUAAUUUACCUAUAGUAGCGAAUGCAUUAACAAUUAGUAGAAAUGAGAAUGAAAGGGUUUACAUAGAACCAUCGGUUAAUUCAAUUCGAAUUAGUAUUAAAAUUAAACAAGCCGAUGAUAUUGAAAAAAUUUUAUGUCAUAAAUUUACUAGAUUUAUGACUAUUCGAGCGGAGAAUUUUAUUAUUCUUAGAAGAAAACCGAUUGAGGGAUAUGAUAUUAGUUUUUUAGUUACUAAUUUCCAUACAGAACAAAUGUAUAAACAUAAAUUAGUAGAUUUUAUUAUUCAAUUUAUGGAAGAAGUAGAUAGAGAAAUUAGUGAAAUGAAAUUAAGUUUAAAUUCACGUGCCAGAUUAGUGGCCGAAUCUUACCUUUUAGAGGUUGAACGCAAAAAUUUGGAUUGA